AUGAUCUGGAACGAAGAGCUCGCAGCCUCCCUAGAUCAAGCAGAUGGCGUUAUUGUGUUCCACCGUGUAGAACCAAGUAAACUGCAACAGCUUGCAUUGACGCUUUCGGAGAAGGUCGCUCAAUUGGUUGAGCAGAAUGAAAAGAAUCUUGAUACGAAACUUGGGGAGAAGGGAAAGGAGGAGAAAAGAGAGAAGCAGCUGGUGGUGGAGAAAGAAGAGGAACACGGACGGGUGGCAGAGGUGCUAUCAGAGGAGGAGCUAGGGGAAGAGGUGCUCGAUUCGCGCAAGGAUUGGGAGGUCAGCUUGCAGGAGCACAAAAAAUACGCUUUGACCGAGAUCAAGGGUGUCGGUCGAAGAUACUCAAAUAUUGUCUGCAAGAAAGCCGAUGUUGACCUCAAGAAGCGUGCUGGUGAACUCAACUCUGAUGAGUUGGAACGUAUUGUCAACAUUAUGCAAAAUCCAACCCAAUUCAAGAUUCCGUUAUGGUUCUUGAACAGGCAAAAGGAUAUCGUCGAUGGCAAAUACGGCCAAAUCCUGUCCAACGCUGUCGAUUCGAAGCUUCGUGAUGACUUGGAACGCCUAAAAAAGAUCCGUGCACACAGAGGUUUGAGGCACGUCUGGGGAACUCGUCGUCGUGGAAAGACUGUUGGUGUGUCCAAGAAGCGUGGCUAG